GGCUGCCAUUCCGUCCUCGUCGUCCACUCUUCACCCUGAGUGCCCUGAUCCACACCAGCAGCGUCUUUCUUUAGUGCCUCCGCCCACUCACUCAACCUUAGUACACUGCACGGUUUGAUGUUAUUUUAACCGCCGCACAUAUCCUGUUACAUGAGACUAUCCAACCGGGAGCGAUGAUCCUUCGAUAGCCGGCCUCUGAUCGUCCUCUGGUUGCCUUGUGUAUGACACAUCGGACUGCUCUGCUUAUAAUCCCAAGACCCAGCCAACAAUCAGAACAUUCGGCAGUCACUCAUCCUUCGCUUCAUCCUCCAAACAUGAGCUUCUUUCCUUACCCUGAACAUACAGACAUGCCUUCCGACGUUGUUCGUCCUUCGGAUAUGACCCUGCAUCCCAGCCCGCCUUCGUGUCACGAGGACCAGCAUAACCACGAACUUCACGAAGACUACACUUGGCCGACAACCACUGCAGAGGAUCUUUACCGUGACACACAAACCAUCACAUCUUGGCAUCCCGCGGAAGUCCCACGAGGACUCGGUGUCCAAGUACAGUACCACAACGAAACCUCCGCUGCUUCACCGCUGCCUGUCUCUGCUUCAUGGUCAUCAUCAUAUGAGGCGACCCUUCCUGUGUGCUCAAUGCCCGCCAGCAACAUCCGAUCGGACUCUGUUGUCGACAUGGCCAUGUCAUAUCCAUCACCACCGAUCGUGACCGGCCCUCCAUCGUGGGAGCAUCAUGAUCAAGCAUUCGAGCCCAUGUACGAGGCUUCUGGCUCGCCCGAUCACUCCGUGUACAGCGAGAGUUCGCGGCCUUCGAUUUGCGAAUCCUCACCAUACGCACACUCCGACAACGAGUACACAUGUGCUCAGUCGCCAUUCGUCAAGGUCGAGGAAGCAAUCGACUACAGCCGCAUGCGACAUUACUCCCUGGCGAGCAACGCUCCGAUGCACAUCGUCCCGAGUGAACCUUAUGACAACGCCAUGUUGUCCGCAAAUUACUCGCACGCAGGAUAUGCGCCUGCGAAGCUCGAAAACUUCCCUGUGGAGCCACAAAUGUUGCAGCACCAGCAACAGCCGUCGCUCAAUCGACUACAAGACCAAAUCUCAAAUGAUAUGCGACCAAAGCGUGGCCGAACCACUUCCUCAGAUCCAUCCUGCGCCUGCCACAUCUGUAACCGACAAUUCCAACGCAGCUACAACAAGAAGGCACACAUGUUGACGCACAACAAGAGCCGCGAAAGGCCAUACAAGUGUACCGAGCCCGAUUGCAACAAGGAAUUCGUCCGAAACACCGACCUGGUGCGGCAUACCAAGAGCAUUCAUCUCAACAUCCGCGACCACGUGUGCAGCAUGUGCAACCGUGCUUUCCCUCGCAAGGACACUCUUCGCCGACACGUCGAUGACGGUUGCUCAAAGCGAGAGGUCUCCAAAGGCUACCAAAACCGCGUACAAAAGAGCUAUGCGUCACCAAAUGCUCGACGGUCUUCCUCGCUGAUCUCACAAUCUCGAGCAUCGAUGCCUGCGGCCAGCCCACCUUGCUAACGAUUACCACGAACGGAACGGGAGAAGGCGUUUCCGGAUCAUAUUUUCUAUUCAUUGUGACUGUUCUUUCAGACCCCGAGAUCUUCAUCCCGCGAUUUAUGAGUCGAGCGGAUAGCGGGAGUUCUACA